AUGACCCGGCUUCCGCUUUUCGUAUUCCUCGUGGCCUGGCUAGCCUCGCUGGUGAUAGCAUCGGCCCCGACAUUCUGCAAAUGCACCUGCUUCAAGGAGUCCAAGAUCAUCGCGCUGGGGCCGCAAAAGGACCACCCGCAACCACCACCACCACCACCCACCGACGAAACCCCACCGACAGAAGACACCGCUCCCAUAACAACCGACGCAAACUCAUCAUCAUCAUCGUCCGGCCUGCUAUCAACACGCGCCGCGUCGUCCUCGUGCACGCAGUGCAACCGCGCGUUCUGCAUCGCGUACCAGCUGCCGAUCUGCAGGGACGCCGAGGAAAAGGACGUGGUGACGAGCUGCUUCCAGCGCGACAGCCGCAAGGACCAGAUCAUCGUGUGGGGGUUCAUCCUGGGCACGGCGGGCUUGCUGGGCUGGGCGGGCCUGCGGCGCGUGCUG